AUGUACGAUGAUUCCGCACAGGCGUCGACCAGCCACCAGAGCGGAAGAAACUUUCACACAAUCCUAGUGACAGCAGGUACAUCCUGUGAAGAACAAAGCAAUCCCACAGAAUUCAUCACACGAACAGAGAUAUUAAUGGAAUGCCUCUGUAGUCAGAUUAUCAGUGCUGAGCUCAACUCGCAGGCGAACGGCGGACACAUGACCAGCGCAGCUGAUCAGGUCUAUAACUAA